AGAGCUCGCCAUACGUAAAUGACAAAUUUAUGUGAUAAUAAAUUUAGUUUUAUAUGGAUUUUAAUAUCAAGCACGCAAGCACAACAAAAGUCGUCAAUUAGCCUUCAUUUCAAAUAUCGAAAGCGAAUAAUCAAAGAGGAUGGAAGAGAGAAAAUCAAUAAAAAGGCAGUUUUGUUACUUCGUUGAUGAUGGGAAUGAGAUGAUGAUGGUAAAAUACAAGAAUUAAUAUGACAAAAUUGUUUAAACAAAACUUUAAAGGAAGAAAAGAAUUCC